GCCUGUGGCAGUAGGGACAGCAUGCUGGUCAGGGGACUCCCCCUGCGCUCAGUCCUGUUAAAGAGCUGCCAGCCCCUCCUGAACACUCCUCAGGAGGGCCCAGGGCGUCCCCAGGCACCUCCUGGAGAGGGAGCAAACAUGUCUACCCACAGCCCUCGACCCUAUUCCGAGGUCCCCUCCCCUGGAGAUAAUGGCUGGCUCAAUCUAUUCCAUUUCUGGCGAGAAAGUGGCUCCCUGAAGAUGCACUAUCACCAGGAAAGAAGCUUCCAGAAGUAUGGGCCUAUUUACAGGGAGAAGUUGGGCACGGUGGAAUCAGUUUACAUCAUCAACCCUGAAGACACGGCCAAGGUCUUCCAGUUUGAGGGGCCCUACCCAGAGCGCUUUAUAGUCCCACCCUGGAUGGCCUAUCGCCAGUUCUAUAAGAAACCCAUGGGAGUCCUGUUUAAGAGUUCAGAAGCCUGGAAGAAAGACCGGAUGGCAUUGAACGAGGUGGUGAUAACUCCAGAUGUCAUAAAGAGCUUCGUUCCCUUGCUGGAGCCAGUAGCGAAGGAUUUUGUGAAUGUCGUGCACAAGCGCAUUGAGCAGCAGAAAUCAGGGACAUUCUCUGGAGACAUCUCUGAAGACCUGUUUCGCUUUGCCUUUGAGUCAAUCAGCCAUGCCAUUUUUGGGGAGCGCAUGGGGAUGCUACAAGAGGUGGUGGACCCUGAGUCCCAGCGCUUCAUCGAUGCCGUCUACCAGAUGUUCCAGACCAGCGUCCCCUUACUCAACAUCCCCCCACGCCUCUUCCACCUGCUCCAGCUCAAGCCCUGGAAGCAACAUGUAGCUGCCUGGGAUGUGAUGUUCAACAAAGCGGAGAUGUACACCAACAUCUUUUCCUGGGAGUUGAGACAGAAAAAGCAGCCGAGCACUCACUUGGGCAUCCUCUACUCCCUGCUGAGAACCAACAAGAUAUCCUACCAGGACAUCAAAGCCAACAUCACAGAGUUGCUGUCUGGUGGUGUGGACACGACCUCCAUGACCCUGCAGUGGCACCUGUACGAGAUGGGGCGCAACCUGCAGGUACAGCAGAUGCUGCGUGAGGAGGUCCUGGCUGCCCGGAAAGAGGCAGCAGGGGACAUAACCAAGAUGGUGCAACUGGUCCCACUCCUCAAAGCCAGCAUCAAGGAGACUUUAAGACUCCACCCCAUUGCCGUCACCCUGCAGAGAUAUUUAGCAAAUGACAUGGUGCUUCAAGAUUACCAGAUUCCUGCUAAGACCUUGAUUCAGGUGUCUCUGUAUGCCAUGGGCCGGAACCCUGACAUCUUCCACAAACCCAACCUUUUUGAUCCAACACGCUGGUUCGAUAAGAACAAGUCCAAUAUCAACUUCCGGCACCUGGCCUUUGGCUGGGGUGUAAGGCAGUGUCUGGGCCGUCGCAUUGCAGAGAUGGAAAUGACCCUCUUACUCAUCUAUUUCCUGGAGAACUUCAGAGUGGAGAUCAAGAAUCUUGAGGACGUGGGCACCUCAUUCAGCCUCAUCCUGACUCCUGACAGGCCCAUCUUCUUUAAGUUCGAGCCCUUCAGCCAGGACAGCCCUGCAGAGUGACUGGACGGUGCCCCUCUAUUCCCAAGCCCAGUUGGCCACAGCUGCUUUGGGGUACCCAAGUCCUCAGUCCCCGAGCCCUAGGCCCCAAGCCUUGCUUCUUUCUGGUCACCUCUGACACAGUGGAGUUGGCCCAGGGGUAGCUAGACAUUCCUCUUUGUCUUCACCUCUUCCCCACCAUGGGGUCGGGCAACAAUAAACUGCUGAACCAGG